AUGAUUUCGUAGGAGCCUUGGAGCUGACAUAAUUCUCACAUAAAGAUGUUUGUAUUUCCCUUUUCCAAUUAUUCUAGUUUUGUUUGUAUUCUUCGUUAACGUAUUUCUUAGUUGUGUUUCGUUUAAUGACCUUAGAAUGCUUUCUAAAGGGUUAUGUGAGGUGUAUACAAGGAGAUAUUCCUUUUUUAAGACUUGGACUUCAAAUUUGAUUAUUAGUCAUAAUCUCAGUUACCAUCUAAUCUUUGAAUGUUUGGUUUAUAUGCAUGGAGGUGUACAUGCCAAGAUAGUAAUGCAUACAUGAUAAUUUUAGUUUCUCUCUAUGGUCCUGGUCUGUGCUGUCUCAUUUGCAGGUUCAUAUAGCUGACUUUGACUGUAGUACAUUCCGAGAUAGUAAUGCAUAGUUGAUAAGUUUCUACAUGUACACACCUUAUAUAUUUAUAUGGUUACCUCCUUAUGACAAAAUUUUCUAUUUAUUGAUCAUCCUUUCACAUUCAAGUAAUUGUUAUACAUAAUUAAUAGCAGUUAUUUUCUCCAAGUGGGAAGAAAAAGAGAAGGUGAUUAUUUUGAUUUUCAUGUGAGAAGAAAAUGAAGAGCAAAUAAAAUUUAUGGGUUAUUACUCUGAGAUUGAUGUUGAACUGUGAUAUAGUUUUCCUCUGCUGCUUGCUUGAACUAAUAUUUUCAUUACAUGAGUUGAUCAGUGUAGCCAGGUGUCAUCUUUUUCAAGCGAUAGAUGUAGGUGGUGAACAGAUUGUAUAGAAGUUUAUGAAGGGUUUGUUUAUCUAAUAUUCUUGUUAAGGGACCCUUUGUCAUGUUUUGCCUGCCUUUUCUUGAUAGCUAGUAGCAUUUGUUGUAGAGGGAUGACCAAUACUGGAUCUUGACAAUGAAGUUAUAUCCUAACCCAACUUGAAGCUGAAGUGCUCCUGUGUCUGGGGAGUAUCAACUAUCAGCUUUCUGCGAGGAAUCUUACAGGGAUGAAGGAAGGAGAACAGGAAAUAAGAAGCACAACAAAAGGAGCAGCAGUGUAAGGACAUGGUGGACCAUUUUCUCAAAGAGAAGUAGUUUGCAGAAACUGCAGAGAGAAGUGACAGAAAAGUAGUUGUUUCUGGCUGGAUUCGCUUAACUCUUGCCGGGCAAAGUCUUAACAAAAGGGGCAAUAAUAUUCUCAGAUUUUGAUUACUAUAUUAAAGUUGCAGGCAGAACAGAAGGGUCUUCAAUCAGAUAAGGCAACAAGCCAUGCUGCUACUACUCUCAAAUCAACACGAGCUCAGGGAAGAUUGAAUGGGCUAUACAUCAAGUUGAGAGAGUUGGAAGCUCAGCCGGACUAAGCGGUGAUGAGGGAGAAGAUGGUGAAGUUGCUGGUGAGGAUGAGGAUGAUGGUGAAAGCUGAUCAUCAUCAUCCCUUAAUUUGCUUCCUCUUCUCAUGUAUUGUCUUACCUUUCAUUCCCCUUCAAUUAUGAACAAAAUAUGCUUUAUAAUAAGUUUCUUAUAAUAACCCACAAAGCAGAACUCAAUGAUGCACAAUUAUCUGUGGCAUCGCUAUUAUUAUGUCCCUAGUGAGGUAAUAAAUGGCGUUCGCCUGAUCGUUUGAGAAGUCGGUUUGCAGACGACUGUACAUGGACCCAGCCCCAGGAACAUCAAGGCCUUAAGCAUAACCACAUCCAUAACAUUAACAUCGGCCCAUAUCCGUCAAUCUAAAACGACAUCGCUGCAUUGAGCAAAAUCGAUCUCCAUUUUGUGAGAAAUGACCCAAGUUUGAGCAGUAGCAGGAAAAAAUGGAGGAAGAAAAAGCGGCAGCUUACUACGACGAGUUGACUCGGAAAGGGCAGGGAGCCGCUCGAUUUAAGCAAGGUCUUGGUUUCUCCUCUUCUUCCCCUACCCAAAAUGACGACGUUUUCACUAAACAAACCCCCUCUUCUUCAUCAUCAUUUCUUAGCAACUUCGUAAAAGCUUCGAGUCCAACCACAACCUCCAAUCUCGAGAAACAAGCUCAACUCCAGUCCAUCCAAAACAAGCUCAAGAAGAAACCCGAUGAGGGAAAACAGACCCAAUCUAGGGACAGCAGAGACCCAGAGAGGGAUCGUAGGGACAGAGACAGAAAGAGAGAUCAUAGAGAUAGAGACAGGGAGAGAGAUUCUAGAGACAGAGAUAGGGAUUAUAGAGACAGAGACAAAGAUAGAGAUAGAGAUUAUAGAGGCAGAGACAGAGAUAGAGAUAGGGAUUAUAGAGAUAGAAACAGAGAGAAAGAGAGGGAGAGGGAUUAUAGAGACAAAGACAGAGACCGAGACAGAGAGAGGGAUUACAGAGAUAGAGGCAGAGACAGAAACGAGGACAGAGAGAAGAGGAAGAGAAGGAGUGUGUCGCCGCGAGAUAGGAGAAGGGAAGAGAGGAAUGAUAAAGUUGAUUAUUCGAGGUUAAUUGAAGGCUAUGACAAGAUGAUACCGGCUGAAAGAGUUAAAGCAAAGAUGAAACUUCAGCUUGCUGAAACUGCUGAAAAGGAUGAAACUAAGGGAAUGGGCACCGGAUGGGAGCGGUUUGAGUUCAAUAAGGAUGCCCCUCUUGAUGAUGAGGAAGUUGAAGCUGCAGAUGAUGAUGCUGCCCUGGUCAAGCACAUAGGGCAGACUUUCCGGUUUUCUGCUAUUGAGGCUAGAAGAGAGGAACAAAUAAAAGCUGCUCAUGAUGAAGCCAUGUUUGGAGCAUCAGCAGUUCCACCUUGCAUUACCUCAGAGAGUGAGCCAGAGGUAGAUGACAGUGAAAAGAAGAACAAUGAAAGUGGCAAUGCUACAAGCCUCUUUAGUGAGAAGGUUCUUUCAAAGCAACAAGGUUCUUGGCGUGAUCGGGCUCGGAAACUUUAGAGAUGGAUCUAUAAGAUGAUAUCCAGUCUCAGAAAUUGACCUAAGGAUUAGUCAAAUAGUUGUAAAUAGCAUUUGAUAUUAUUGAAUUUUAACAGCUCUUAUGUUGGAUUUAUCUUGUACCAAAGAGCUUCUCUUUCAAUUUCAUGGUGGAAAAGCCUGUUUUAUCACAAAUCUACAGAUGACAAAUAUUUUGCUCAAUGUUUCCUUGUUAAUACCCGACGUUGUUUCAUUAUGAAUAUGUGUUGCUUUA